AUGAGCAGAUGCAUGUCCAUGAAAGCGAGAGAGCUCAGCGGCAAGCUGCCUGCAUCCUCAGAGCAGCAAGAGCACCAUUGUUCAGGCGAAGCAGGGCAGCGGCAGGGACGAGCUGACGACGGCGACGGCGAGAUCGUGCACUUCAGCCACCCGGAGCACCGGCUGGGGCGGUUCGACUUCCCCUACCUGUUCAUGUGCAUGGGGUGCAAGGAGUACGGCGCCGGCAGGAGGUUCAUGUGCCGGCUCUGCGGCUUCCAGCUGCACGAGUUCUGCGCGCUGGCUCCUCCGUCUCUCCAUGACCACCCCUUCCAUCCCAAGCACCAACACCUCCUCUUCUUCGUCAAACCAGGUGGAUUCCUGCGGUGCAAGUGCGACAUAUGCGGCAAGUCGGUGAAGGGCUUCUCGUUCCGGUGCGCGUCGUGCAGCUUCGACAUGCACCCCUGCUGCGCGGCGAUGGGGCGGACGAUGGAGCUACCGGCGGCGCACGAGCACCCGCUCACGCUGGCACCGCCCCCGCCGCCGUCGUCGUCGGCAACGGCAACGGCGCCGGCGACGGCGGAGACAAGCUUCGUGUGCCAGAUGUGCCGGAGGUGGCGGCGGUCGUCGCCGCGGCAGAGCGUGUACCAGUGCGUGGCGUGCGGGUACUGCCUCCACGCCAGGUGCGCCAAGGACGUGGUGAACGGGCUGUACGAGCACGGCGUCGUGCCGCCGGAGAAGGGCAGCGCGCUCGUCGCCGCCGCCAAGGUCACCAUCAACGCGCUGUUCGGCGUCAUCGGCGGCCUCGUCGAGGGCAUCGGGGAGGGGAUCGGCGAGGCCUUCGUCGAGAACAUCGGGAGGAGCAGGGGCAGAAGCUUCAGAUAAACAAAACUCUGCAACCGAUGAUAAAAUACA